AAUGAGUCACCACGAAGCUGCUACUGCAUGCGAAGAAGAUGGUGAAUCCCAAAUAGCUUAUAUAAAUACUCUUCAAGAAUCGCAAUAUUUACUGAACAUAAUCAUAUCGGAUAUAAAAGAAAAUUUAAUUUAUUUUAAUAAUGAUUGUAUUAAACUACGACAAACUGAUAAUAAUCAAGUUCAAUACUACUCGCCUGGUAAUGUAAAUCCAGAAUUAACUUCAGUAUGGUCGCCUAAUUUCUUAAAUGAACGUGAUAAAUCCUUUCUAUUAGAUAUAGAUAUUCCAUUUGUAUUAAAAGAAGACGACUGUUAUAAAGAGUUAUUUUCAAAUUAUGUCUGUGAGAAAAAGAUGAAGAAUUCAACAAAUUAUCGACAAAUUGGAAAUUAUUCAUUAAAAUUGCAAUGUAAAGAUGGCGAAAGUAUUUUAUUAGUUCAAUUUUGUGAUGGUAAAAGUGAUUGUCAGGAUAAAAGUGAUGAAGAAGAUUGUUUGAAAAAAUGUAAUUUAACAACUCAAAGACAAUGUUCAAGCGGUGAAUGUAUUGAAUUGGAAAAAUGGUGUGAUGGAAGUCCAAAUUGUUUGGAUAUUAGCGAUGAAAAAUCUUGCUAUAAUAUAUGCGAUGGCGUUGUUCAUUGUCCCAACGAGGAUGAUGAAGAGAAUUGCGAAAUGAUCAACUGCGAAGAAAAAGGUCAAUUCGCAUGUUUAAAAGAACCAAGGUGUAUUAUGUAA